AUGGCGCAUCCAAGGCCGUUGGAUACCAACGGUGCGCAGAAUGGGGUCGGGUCGUCUGCGCAGUCGUCUGGGCACCAACCCAGGUUCUCGCGCCCAUUCACGCUGCAGGAGGCCCUUCCGUACUCCCCUUUCACUUCGGUCAUUCCAUUCGAGUCGGAUAUAAUACCGACUCCGAACCUGGGUGCUGGCCCGUCUUCGUCCCGUCUCGCCGAUCUCGUCCCGCGACAUGACUUCGAUAAUUUGAACCGGGACGCCGCAAACUCGUCUUCUACGUCGAGGCGCCUAGAGCAGAGUCUAGAGCAUGUGCAAAACCUGUUGAAACCGAAUAGAAUGGCGCAGUUCAAUUUCAUGACCUGCCCCAAAGUCGCUACACCUAACGGCCCCAUGAGCAGUCUCUCUUUGAAUCUGUCUCCUUUCUCGAGAAUGGUGUUCGAAAAGACAUCGGUUUCCUAUACAUGCCCAACGACGGAAGCACCACACGUGGCAGUUUCCAACGGGCACCACCCGUCCACGACCUCCAGCUCGGCUAGACCACAUAAGCGAGAAAGCAAACCUGCGCCAAGCAGUCAGGCCCCUGGGAAUAAUGAGUCUCGAUUCGCAGUCUUCAUACCGACUAAGAAGCAGUACGAAGCUGCGGCGGCAGCCGCCACGCCUGUGAGCAGCGCUCGCGUCAAAACACCACCAUCGCCCUCUCCACAGCCGUCACUUCCAGGUGACAGGGACGAAAUCGCUGAACUACCACCUCAGGCGGCGCCUCAAUCUUUCGAUAACUCGCAGAAAGCUGGGACUUUUUCGAUUGAGCUACCUCCUGCCCCGUCAUUCAACAAACAGGAGUAUCAGGUGGUCAAAGAUGAACCUGAUGAGCCCUCAAACUUAUCAACACGGAAACAAAGACAAGAUGAAUACCAGGAUGGUCAAGAUGUUUACGGGGCAAGUCGUGACCAGAAGCAGAGGGGUGAGUCGGCCUAUCAUCAACUACGCCGUUGCUUUGCGGAGAUUUUCGAGGCGGAAGAUAGCGUCACAGCUACUCAGUCAGAGUCAAAUCCACUUGUCUGCUUGAACUCCCAUCAGGAGCCUGGAAUGACUACAACAGCCCACCAAAAAGUACAGCCUCUUUUGCAGAAUGCCAUAUCUCUAGGGUCUUUUGUUCAUAUCCCUGUGGACGAGAUCCUGCGCGUGCAGCGCCUUAGCGAUGGCGCACUAAAGCAAACCCAAGACUUGGACUUCAAGCUCGACGAAAGCUGGGGGGAGUCAGACGCACAGAUCUGGGCUCAUCAUCUACAAGAUGUCGACACUGCGCUCAGGGCCGCUCGAACAGCCCUGAGAAUAAUGUCUGCUGGCAGAGAGGACAAGCAGCUUUACUCAGAGGACCUCAUACGUGAUUGCCUGAACCUCUUCCGGGAAGUCACAGAUAGUAUCAUCGUACCGCUGACAGAAAAGGUCCGCCGCUACGGCAUCACGAAAGAAGAAAAGCAGGGAAGUAAAGCUGGGGGAAAGGACAGUAGCAAAGAUCUCUUCGAGAAACUGCUCCCGCACAAAAAAAUCGCUCAGACCAUAUUCACUAGCUUCACCAGGCUGUACUCUGUUCUUACGACCUUGGUCGCUAGCAUAGACUUAUCCGAGUCUGUUGUCACAGCAUUGGAGACCAUCUCGUCCACCCUCAUAUUUGUCGAGAACGCCUACACUGACCGCGACUCGAUCGUCGGAACCCAGAAAUUUGACGGCAUUCGCUUGGUGGCAAUGGACAUGCUAUCGCAGAUCUUUCUGAAGAACCCGCAGAGUCGAAACGGCAUCAUUGACGACGUCCUCUCUCAAAUAGAGAAAGUGCCUCAAACGAAACAAAAAGCUCGUCAAUUUAAGCUUAGUGAUGGCAGAAGCAUUCAGCCAGUAUCGGCCCUCAUUCUCCGUUUGAUUCAGACCAGCGCUGGCAAGGCCACUGAUGUGAAGUCUGCACGGAGCAAGCUGCUCCAAUCACUGGAAGACAAUCGCGAACAACUCGAUGGGGAAGAACCGCCUCCGCCUGCGGUGCGGAACUCAUCCAUCCAGAGCGAAGAUCAAGCGGCUUCUCAGCACGGGCGGUCUGCCGUGGAGCUUCAUGGAAUAUCAGCACCACUGGCGGAGACAACGAGGGCUAGUGCAUCACACGUCAUUCAAUAUAUGGUCCAUCGGGCACAAACAUCCACGAAGACCGGCGAAUCGCCUUUUCGCAGAAUCCUUGAGAACUUCGUCGAGGAUCUCGUCAUUUGCCUGGACUCCGCAGACUGGCCUGCUUCUGAGCUUCUUCUCCGAUUAUUGAUGGGCAGGAUGAUGAAUCUCGUGGAUGGCGAAAGGACUGCAGCUCCGGCGAAGAACAUGGCCUUGGAAGUUCUCGGCUCUAUGGGAGCUGCGAUCUCGAAGCUAAGGUCGCUUGUUCGAAGGACUGCCAAUUCCUUGGACGCUGCGGAAGCUACUGAACUAGGAAUCUACCUCUCAGAACUUGCCGCCUCGGCUCUCGAGCUCCGAUCACGCCCAGAGCAACUGCUGUCAUGGUCUGGACCUUAUCGAGCCAGCCUAGAGUAUCUUGACCAGCGAUGCUCCGAAGACCCACACCUUUCCAGCGCGGUAUCUUUCCUGAUCACAGACUGGGCGAGCAAGGUGGAUGCCACUUACGACAUCUUGAAUGAAGUGAGUGACGAUGAGCGGCUUCCUGAAUUUGGAAGACUCGCCUACCGCCUGCGAAUGAUGAGCGAGGACCGCCGUUGGCUGUCUACCGAGUACAGCUUCGCGCAAGUCUCUCCAAUUCUUGCAAAGCUCUCAUACCAAAUCAUCCUUAUUCGAUCUCAGUUCUGCGAGUCAUAUAGGCACAUACUCAACAUCCUGCUUCGCUUCAUGACGACCGAUCAAGCCACGGUCCGCAGCAAGAGUCUCAAGAGUGUAAAUGACGUUUUGGAGACAGACCCUACUAUACUCGACGGAGACUCAACUUUCAUCCAAUUAAUUCUUCAGUGUUCGAGUGAUUCAUCACCUCAGGUCCGGGAUUCAGCCCUUGGUCUGAUCGGAAAAUGCAUCGAAAUGAGGCCAGCUCUGGAGGAGAAGCUGAUUCCGACUGUUGUCGAACGUUUCAUAGACUCUGGCGUCGGAGUUCGAAAGCGCGCGAUGAAGCUCGCCAGAGAGAUCUAUCUGCGCAACCCAGACAGAAACAUCCGCAGCAAUAUCGCGAAUGGCCUUCUCCAUCGUGUACAGGAUCCCGACGAAGGUGUUCGGGAGGUUGCGCGCCAGAUGAUCGAAGAAAUUUGGAUCGCUCCCUACUCGUCCGCAGAGGGGUCAGCAGCUUAUAAGACGUCUCUCACGGACCAUGUCUCCCUCAUGAUGCAGACAGUGAAGCAAGGAAAUGUGACUCCAGUCCUAGACAAGGUCUUUCAAUCAAUUCUGGGGUCCAAAGAAACCAACUUCAAAGUCGGACAAAUACUUGUCGGCAGCAUUUUUGAACUGUUCCACCAUUCCGACUCGGAAAGAGAAGCAUUGCAGCUUCUGAUGAUCUUCGCCAAGGCUGACGCGAAGCUCUUUACAUUUGAGCAGAUCAAGAUCCUGCAGUCGACGGUUGCAAGCAUUGCUACCAAUGAAGACCUGGCUAUUUCUCGGGCCGUGGUUGUGAUCUACCGUCGCGUCCUACCUCAGCUCUCCAACGUUCAUGAGUCGUUCCUCACCGACAUAUUGAAUCCGUUGAUGCAAGCCGUACCCAAAGUGACCCGAGCACUACUCGACGAUGUGGUUGGGUGCCUGUGGAUCAUCAGCGGCUUGCUUGGGAGCAUAGAGAAGCUGUCACGACUAGCGCUUUCCGCCCUACAGGGGAUCCAGAAGAUCCGAACCGCGACACAGGGCCGGCCCCUCGACGACAAGACGAUGCGGACAUUCGAUCGGUAUUCGCUCAUCGUGGGGAUGGUGGGGAAGCAUUGCGACCUUGAGAGCAAACUGGCCUCAUUCAAGGCUGUGUUCCCGGCUUUCAAAGGUGGCACAGUAUCGAAGCUCAUGGUGGACGUGGUCAUUCCUCUCGCCAGCCAAUCCCAGCCUCUAGACGUGAGGAAGUCUGCACUUGACGCUGUUGGCCUCAUAUGUCAAUCGUGGCCAAGAAAUUAUGUUUCCGCGAACGUGUACACGACAUUCCAGCAAGUAUUUGACGAGCAAGUCCCCGUACUUGAAACAAUGAUACUGGGGUCUAUGAAGGAGUUCCUCUUCACAGAGGAGCAGCGCUCUGAAUUGGCAGCUGCGGAGGGCACUGCGAAAGACGAGAAGGGAGAGAAGCUGAAUCUCAAAGUCAUGGGAGGAACUACGUACGAUGAUGUCUCCAGCGCCACGACACAACGUUUCCUUGCCGACAUCACACGGAUAGCGCUCGCUACCCAGGACGAGCAUGCGUUUCUGGCUGUUGAAGUCCUGGCGAGCAUCAACCGCCAAGGUUUGGUUCACCCCAAGGAGACCGGCGUCACCUUGAUCACGUUGGAGACUUCCUCGGUCAGUAAAAUCUCAGAGCUCGCUUUCCAUGAGCAUCGCGCUUUGCACGACAAAUAUGAGACCGUUCUCGAGCGAGAAUAUGCGAAGGCAGUGCAGUCCGCGUUCGCUUAUCAGCGUGACAUUGCUCGCGACCCUCGCGGUGCCACCACGGAACCGUUCACCUCCAAGCUACAUCUGAUGAUGGAGGUGCUCAAAUCCAGCAAGGCCAAGAACCGAACGAAAUUCCUCGACAAAUUGUGCGGACAGGUUGACUUUGAACCUGCGAAACUAGAUGCGUCGGAGCGCAUGCCCGGGCACGUCCAGCUAUCACAAUUCAUUGUAGAGAACCUGGCAUUUUUUGACUACGCCACCGUCAGCGAGUUACUUGGGACAGUUACAUCCAUGGAGAAACUCGUUACCAGCACAGGAGCUAGUGUGGCUCAGGCGAUCGAGGCGGAGAUUUUCCAGGUUACAAUGGAUGCAGUGACCAACUCUCAGACUGCUCCUGAUGGACAGAACGAGCCGGUGUUUGCUCCACCUCCACCUGCGGUUGAUGUCAAGCGCCUUCGGCAACUGACAGCUGGUUCCAUGAUUCUGCAGUCAAUGUGGGAGGCGCGAUCGUACCUUCGGCGACAGUAUAACCUUGGAACGGGCCGGCGUGAUGGCAAAUCAAAGACUAGCAACAAGGAGAAGGACACCACCAAGCCAGUCAAAGUGCAGACGGUCACCGGCGACAAGUUAUGGGAGGACAUAGCCUCGAUAAUGGGCUCACUCUCCUCACAAGAGCGCAUGAUGCACCAGUGCCGGUCCUUUGUGGACCUCCUCAAUGUCGACAGGGAGUUCAAGGUUGCGGACGAGGACGAGGACGCGAACGGCGAUGGCCCGGUCACCCCGAGCGGCGACGAGGAUGACGAGGGCCCGGACAUUGGUCGGGGCCGAAAGCGAAAGUCCAAUUCGACUCCUGGCAGCGGCCGGAAGAAGAGGCCGCGCUCUUCGUCCCAGGUGCGGAAGCGCGGGAGACCUCGCAAGAGCGCACAGGCUGAUGACGACGAUGAUAUGGAGUUUUUCUAG